GGGCACGUAUGUACGUAUGACGACGAAUGAGACGCGCAUUUCGCACGCUCGUGUGGUGUGGUACGCACGAAAGGAGCAUGGCCGCGCGAUGUUAUUGAAGAUUCAACGCACGGAAACGGGAGGGAGUAUUGCGGAGCACUGCGAGUGUCCGAGCGGAGCUGUGACGCGGAAUUGGCGGGCACGAAUCAGCACGAACGUCCGUCGGGAAAAGCGAACCGAACGAGCGUGGACGAGAACAGACGGAAAGAAAAGGGAUCGGCGUGAGCGGUGACUGAUCGUGGUGACUGGUCGUGGACGGCGCGGAGGCGACGGAGCCCGCAGAAAUUACGGAAAAUGUGUUCGGCGAGUCAUCGCGAAUGUCAUACACCAUCCGUGCCGUGAUUCGCGUCCCGCGCUCCAAAAAUAAACGGCGCGAUUUAUAGUACACAGUGAACGUGCCCUACCAAGUUAGUGAUCUAUCGGCAAAUUAUUGUGUUACCAGCAGUUUGUGGACCGACAGAAAGGAUGUCACUAAAACCCAAGAGAGUAGAUUUUAAUCAGACGUGGAAUGUAUUACAAGAGACUAUUAGAGGAGUGAUAACAUUGGCGAAUAUCCCACGUGCUAUAUGGAACGACAGAUUUAGCGAUGUUUAUUCUUUGUGCGUUGCAUAUCCAGAGCCACUAGCAGACCGAUUAUACGACGAGACGAGGAGGUUUCUGAUUAAUCAUGUAGAUCAUUUGCUAAUACAGGUGAAUUCAUACAAUGAUAUGUGGGAGCUACUCCCGGCAUAUUAUCGGGCCUGGACAGAAUACUCGCAAGGCAUUUACUACUUGCACAGUUUGUACUUAUACCUCAAUCAACAACACAUCAAGAAGCAGAAACUCUCCGAGGCCGAACUCAUCUAUGGCACCAGUUUGCAUAAUAGAGAGGAAGAGUGCCAAGAGCAGAUGGAAAUUGGCGAGCUUGGUCUAGACAUUUGGAAAAAGAUGAUAAUACCACUUAAAGAAAAACUCGUUUCUCUUCUACUUAUGUGUUUUGAUGCCGAUAGAGAAGCAAGGUUGCUCGCUGCCACAGAUGUUAUUUGUGGUGUUAUUGACAGCUUUGUUCGAGUAGAAGAACACAAAAUGAAAGGAAAAUUAAACUUGUAUCAAGAAAUUUUCGAGGCACCAUUUUUGGAGGCUAGUGGGGAGUUUUAUACAGCAGAGGCAUCAGCACUGUUGCAAGAAUCGGACGUUACUCAUUACAUAGAGAAAGUAACAUGGAGACUCGGUCAAGAGGAAGCACGCGCUUACAAGUUCCUUCACAGCAGUUCUGUAGAAAAAGUCAGAGCGUGUUGCGAAAAUAAAAUGGUAGCUGCGCACGUAGAUUUACUUCAUUCGGAAGCAGAGAUAAUGAUAAAGAAUGAACGUAGACGAGAUCUGACUCUUCUUUAUCCGUUAUUGAGGCCGUUGCAAGGAGGUUUAGAUCCACUUAUACAACAUCUCACACGUCACAUCACGGCGCAAGGAUUAGAGGCAAUCGGACCGUUGCAAGGAGAAAACGUAUACAUGCAAUUUGUGGAAAACAUGCUGAAUGUACAUUCUAAAUAUUCUGAAAUGAUUAAGGAAGUAUUCAAUUCAGAUCAAAGUUUUGUAGGUGCUCUUGAUAAAGCAUGUUCCGCCAUUGUAAAUCAUAGACCCGCUGCGAACCAGGCUGUUCGAGCACCAGAAUUGCUGGCAAAAUAUUGCGAUACUCUAUUGAAGAAAUCGCCCAGAGCUGCCUCCGAAAGUGAAAUCGAGGACAAGUUGAAACGUUCCAUAAUCGUGUUCAAGUACGUGGAUGAUAAGGAUGUGUUCCAAAAGUUUUAUUCUCGUAUGUUGGCGAAGCGGUUGAUACAUCAACAGUCGCAGUCGAUGGAUGCUGAAGAAAUGAUGAUCGAUGAUCUGAAACGGGCAUGCGGUUACGAGUUCACGAAUAAACUUCAUCGCAUGUUCACGGACAUAUCUGUCUCGAUGGAUCUCAAUGCAAAGUUUACGGCAACUUUGCGGGAGAAUGAUGGAGAAAAUCAAUUGGGAACUGGUUUUUCAGUUAAAGUGUUACAAGCCGGUGCUUGGCCACUUGGUCUCCCGCCAUCGCCUGGCCCAUUCCACGUACCGCGGGAACUGGAGAGAUCCAUUCAGGCUUUCGAGACGUUCUAUCAUACGCAAUUCAGUGGUCGGAAACUUACGUGGCUACAUCAUCUUAGUCAGGGCGAGCUUAAGUUCAAUUAUUUAAAGAAACCGUAUUUGGUCACUGUGCAAACUUAUCAAAUGGCGUUAUUAUUGCUCUUCGAGGAUUGUGAUACGAUGCCAUGUAGAGAAGCGGCUGCUUCGCUACGUUUGUCGCAUGACCAACUAGUGAAGCAUGCCACUAGCCUCGUAGAUUGUAAAAUUCUCAAUAAAUCCAACGACGGCGAAUUGGAGGAGGAUACUAUUCUCAUGCUCAAUUUUAAUUACUCUAACAAGAGAACCAAGUUUCGCGUGACCGGCGUGUUGCAGCGAGACGCGCCACAAGAUACGGAGGUCACGCAUCGUAGUGUAGACGAAGACAGGAAGAUGUUUUUACAAGCAGCCAUAGUUCGUAUCAUGAAGAGUCGCAAGUUGUUGAGACAUAAUCAACUCAUACAAGAGGUGCUGAGUCAAUCGAAAGUUACUUUCGCACCUUCAAUCGGAAUGAUUAAAAAGUGCAUUGAAACUUUGAUAGAUAAACAAUAUAUCGAACGUACGGCAAAUAGCGCGGAUGAGUAUUCAUACAUUGCGUAACCUUUUAACGUCUGUCACUAAUUAAUUUCAUUUGAGAUGCAUGCCCAAACGUUCUAUUGAGAAUUAGCAAAGAUUGGCUUGAUAAAUGAGGCUGAAUUAAUUUUGGCGAUCACUGAAAUUUUUGAGAAUGAGUCAUUAAAGAGAGAGAGAGAGAGAGAGGAAUAAAUGAAAAAGGAAAUGAAUUCUCAAUGACAUUUGAAAGAUCGGGAAAAGCAUCUUAGACCGCUUACUCGCUCUUAGGAUCAAUGAAUUAAUAAAUAUCUUAAUUAAUUUACUGACUUGUAACAUAUGCACACUGAAUAAAGUUGACGUUACUAUUUUA